GGAGGCCAAGAGAACAGAGCAAAUUAGCGGGGGAAAGGAAACGUGGAGAGGCGGUGACUCGAGAAGAGAUGAGGCAAAGCGAAAUAUAGAACUAUUUGCAACAGCGAGAUAGGUGCAGAAGACCGCAUAUUAGCCUUCAUCACAUUUGAGACAGAUUUAGAUAAUUUGGAGAUAGGUUACAAAAAAAAAUCUGGGAUCGAAACCAAAAUCCUAUUUGACAGCACCGGCUCGAUCACGCACCGGUUCAGACUACAGCUCCUGCGAGCCAUGCUUCCCCUCCUCGACCUCAUCACCAUCUCCGUCCUCAUCAUCAUCGUCGUCGCGAUCGUCGUCGUGGCGUCGUCGCUGGCGAGCAAAUCUCCACGGGACGCGGCUUCCCCGAAGCCGACCCCGAAGCUGCCCUCGCUGCCUUCGCUGCCCGUUCUGGGCAGCCUCCUGAGUCUGCGAGGCACGAGUCAGCCCCACGUCCACCUGGCUCAGCUGGGCCGCACGCACGGUGCCGUGGCACGGAGUCUUCCGCGCACGGCGGAGCGCGGCGACGGCGGCACUUCGAGAGGAGACUUCGAGGACGGUGGCGGAGGGGAGGAGGGCUUAGCGGCGAGGAGUGGCGGCGCCCUGGCGCUGAAGCUGGGGGCCCGGCACGCGGUGCUUGUGACCAGCGCGCAGCACGCUCACCACGUGCUCAUCAGGAAGGGUCGCCAAUUCGGGGGCCGCGUGCACGCGGUGACCACAGACAUCCUGUCGAGGGGAGGCAAGGACAUCGCAUUCACGGACGUCGGGCCAUCGUGGCGCUUCCACCGCAAGCUCGUGCUGGGCUCCCUCUACACGAAGACCGGCGGAAUGGGCGCGCUCGAGAAAAUCGUAAUGGAGGAGGCGCUGGCGCUCAUAUCAGCACUGGGAGAGACGACAUCGGACUCCACCAGCAGCGCCACGAGCGACCCGGAGCAGGAGCUGUCCCGCGCCUCCACCAACGUGAUCAUGCGCCUUGUGUUCGGCACGCGCUACUCCCGCGGGGACCCCGGUCUGCAAACCAUGCUGGACUACAGCCGCGGCAUUGUGGAGAUCGUGGCCAAGGACGACCUUGUGGACAUCUUCCCCUGGCUCAGGGUGUUCCCGAGCAUGUCGCUAAGGAAGCUGCGCGCAUGCGUGCGCGCGCGGGACAAACUCCUUGAGAAGCAGCUUCAAGAACACAGGGCCACUUUCCAGGAGGGCGUUACGCGCGACCUGCUGGACCGCCUGCUGGAGGCAGCACGCGUCUCCCCGCCGCCGCCGGGCGUGGAACUCACCGACGACCACCUGCUCAUGAUCGCCGGGGACAUCUUCGGAGCGGGGGUCGAGACGAGCACGACGGUGAUGAAGUGGAUCUUCGUCUUCAUGGUGCACCACCCCGAGAUUCAGGGCCGCAUCCACGCCGAGCUGGACGAGGUGAUUGGACGCGAGAGGCCCCCCUGCGCCAGCGAUCGCGGUAAACUCCCCUUCAUGGAGGCGACGAUCAACGAGGUGCUACGAAUCAGACCGGUCGCUGCCAUCCUCAUCCCGCACGUGGCCAUGUGCGACACCACGAUCGGAGAGUUUCCUGUGAAGAAGGGCACCGAGGUCAUCGUCAACCUGUGGGCUGUCCACCACGACGAGAGCCUGUGGGAGAAACCCGAUGAGUUCAAUCCGGGCCGCUUCCUGUCGCCGUGCGGUCGCCAGCGCCGCUCGAUGGGACCGAACGAGGGCUUCUUCCCAUUCGGCGCGGGCCCACGCGUCUGCUUGGGAGAGGCGCUCGCAAAGCUGCAGCUCUUCCUCUUCACGGCAUCCAUCCUGCAACGCUUCUCAGCGGGACCGAUCCCGGGCAAGGCCCUGCCGGACCUAGAGGGAAUUUACGGGGUCGUCUUGAGGCCCAGGGAUUUCCACGUGGCCCUGACGCCGCGGGUGUGA